AUGGAGUCAAGUUCGACAGAGGUAGAUGUGGAUUUGCAUCCGUAUUUCCGCAUAUACAAGGAUGGCCGGAUCGAGAAAUUCGCCAAAUUUCCAUACACCCCACCAUCAUCAGAACCCCAGAUCGGCGUCCGAUCUAAAGAUAUCCAAAUCUCGCCUGGUCUUUCCGUCCGUCUUUAUCUUCCUACAGCCAUCAGCUCCGAUGAAAAACUUCCCGUCAUUAUCUACACUCACGGCGGCGCGUUCGUGAUCGAAUCAGCAUUCUCUCCUCUUUACCACCCCUAUGUCAACUCCCUCACCGCCGAAACUAAGGCUAUUGUCGUCUCCAUCGAGUACAGGUUAGCGCCGGAGCAUCCAAUCCCGGCGUGUUAUGACGAUUCUUGGACGGCGUUCAAAUGGGUUGCCGCACACGCAAAUUCAGGAAAUGGGCCUGAACCUUGGAUCAAUUUACACGCAGAUUUCAGUAGAGUUUUUCUGGCCGGAGAUAGCGCCGGAGCUAAUAUUGCCCACAGCACUCUGGUUCGCGCCGGUGAGACAGCUAAUGAGAUGUCUGUUACUGGGAUGAUUUUGUUCCAUCCCUUUUUCAGCGAUGGUAAUCCCAAUGAAGUUUGGACAUACAUAGCUCCGGACAGUAUCGGCGUGGAUGACCCGAGAUUCAAUCCAAUGGCUCAUCCCAAUUUGUUGUCAAGUCUAAAGUGCGGCAGGGUUCUGGUUUUCACUGCUGACAAAGAUGUUUUCAGGGAUAGAGGAUUGAAUUACUAUGAUGCACUGAAGAGAAGUGGAUGGGGUGGAGAAUUGGAAUUAAAGGAGACAGAAGGGGAGGGACAUUGCUUCUAUUUGGAAAAACCAGAUUGUGAGAAAGCCCAGGUUUUGAUGCAAUGGGUGGUUUCGUUUAUACAUCAAGAUCAUCAGAAAGAGGUCUAA